GGCAAAUGUUUAAGGCCAAGUUCAUCGCAAAAUAACUCGGUUUGUGAGGCUCAGGAGAGUCGUUCAAGCCAAUGAGAAACGAAGAAGGCGGGGCUUUCCUCUGCCAUCCUGCAGACUCGCAGUCCGGACGUGACGUCGGAAGUAAAGACAUUUUUGACUUUUUACCUGCUCAGAUUGCAGUCACUCGGCAGACGUGCUACAACUUAUACACGGACAUAAGCAUUUAGCGCAGGUGCACACAUGGCUUAUCCGGGAUACGGCGGGUAUGGAGGUCAGAUGCCAGGGAUGCCUCAACAAGGGAUGCCUGGGCAGAUGCCAAUGGGCGGCCCAAUGGGAGGACCGCCCCCUGCAGGCGGAUAUCCACCGUAUGGAGGAGGCCCCCCUGGCGCGUAUGGAGCACCUCCACCUGCUGCCAAUGAUCCAAUGUGGGGUUACUUCACCAAUGUAGCUGGCCAGGAUGGUGAGGUGGAUGCUGAGGAGCUCCAGAGGUGUUUGACUCAGUCAGGCUUCACCGGCAACUACUCACCGUUCAGCCUGGAAACAUGCCGCAUCAUGAUCGCGAUGCUAGAUAAAGAUCACACUGGCAAAAUGGGCUUCAGCGAGUUCAAGGAGCUCUUCACCGCGCUCAACGGCUGGAAGCAGAACUUCAUGAUGUAUGACCGUGACAGGAGUGGCACCGUGGAGCCGCCGGAGAUGAACCAGGCGAUCUGUGCCAUGGGAUACCGCCUCAGCGCUCCAGCUCUGAACGGUAUCGUGAAGCGCUACAGCAAGUCCGGAAGAAUCUACUUUGACGACUACGUAGCCUGUUGUGUCAAGCUGAGGUCUCUCACAGAGAACUUCCGGAGGAGAGACACUAUGCAGCAGGGGUCUGUCACCUUCCAGUACGAUGAUUUCAUCUUCUGCACCAUGUCCAUCUAAACCCUGCCUGAGCACAAGCUGAGGUCUGCCAGGAGCCAACUGACCGGGACCACUGACUUGUAGAACAGGUGGUGAGAGAGAGAGAGACAGGCCAGUAGACUUGCUGCAAGAUGCCGCAAAGAGAGGAGAGAGAGAUCAUGGCUUAAAACGCUUGGCUGUUAGUUAAAGACGCAUAAUUGUAUAAUCGAUUUGCACGCUGAGAGCAUCUAACCCCUGCAAGACAUUCAUUUCUAGUAAAGCUUGUCUAGAUAAUCCAGUGAAACUGAGUAUCUGACUGUGUUAGAGGGCAGAGGGACCCACACUGAUUCCACUCCAAAGAGUUUGUAACAUGCCUCAACUACUGUCUUUGUUGUCUGUCUGCUUUUUGUCUGCUUCUAACACCUGCACCCAAAUAUUGGUCUGAAACUGGGGCUUGAAAUGAAACAACUUGUGUGACCUCCGAAGGCGCGUGUGACUUUCUCACACGCCUUUGUACCCUCACUCCUUGCAUCGAUGUAUUUUUAAUAGAUUUGUACUGUAACAACACAAGCCUUAAUAUGUGUGUAGUUGAGCCAAAGUGACUGUCAUGUUCUUUUAAUACAAUCAAACUUGGGUUGGUAUUCAAUAAACACUUUGUACCGUGUUUGUUUCCGCGCAGCCGU